ACAUUCUCUAUUGCUACUACUGCUGCUGAGACUGCUAUCUAGAAAUCGUAAUCGACAUGCCUUCGUUCACUGUCCCCUCCAGUCUGCUGGAGAUGACGAGAGUCUUCCGGGAGAUGAAACCGCCGGUGCCCGAUGCGCCGUGGUCGUUCAUCGUCUGGCAGAAGCAUACGGGGUUCACUCGCGCUCCCUGGGCUGAAGAUUGGCCGGACGAUGAGAAGCAUCCCUUCAAGUGGGACAAGACUGCUCGGGCGCAGGUGAAGGCGUUCGUGGAUGCGUUCUGCUCGAUGCCACUCGCCUCGAAGCGCCAGGAGUUCACGAAGACCCGGAUGACGGACACUCAUGCUACAGGCCGGGCGACGUGGACGGUAGCGAUCAGAGCUGGGUUGAAGGCGUGGAAGAUCAACGCCAUCGUUGGAAAGGUGUUGAAGGAGAAUGAGAGAGACCGGGCGUCGCUGCUUCGGCGUCAUGGAGAACGAACGCUGCCAGACAUGGGGGCGGCGAUGUUGGACGACACUCGACAAGAGCUGGCUGAGGCAUUGUGGGGUACCGACAUCUGCACGAAGCAGUCGAACUACACGAUCAUGCAUACGAGCGUCAUUGGAGUUGCCAACAUCAUCCUGGCGGCGGCGUGGAACACGAUGUCAAAGGCGGUCAAUAAGGAUGUGAAGGAUUUGGAGGAGAUCAAGGCAAAGGUGAAGAUGUCAUUUGGAGAGCUGGAUGCAGGGGAGGUGACAGCGGCGAAGUUGAAGCAGUACUUGAGGGACAGCUCGAAGCUGAUGCGGCUGUACAAGAUGUUCGGCGACGAGGCGGCUGAGAAGGAGUUGGAGGAGCAGCGGGAGCGAUUGAGCCAGAUUCGGGCGUGCUUGGGAGUGGAUGAAGAGGGGAAGUCGACAGAAACUAUGAGCAAGGCGUUGCGGGAGGCGUUGUUGAGGCUGGCUGGGGACCACGACAUCGCUGAGGUGGAGCGGGAGCUGGAGGUCCAGUUGGAUGUUCUGGAUGGAGAGGGGGCGGGAGUGCCGAUGAUGAAUGUGGACGAGUCGGUGGUGAUCGAAUGGGAGUCGGGGACGGAGGACUACCAGGGCUGGAGCGAGAGGGACGUGCGGAAUGCACUGGGCCUGGAGGAGGAGGGGUUCCCGUCCUUCAACGAAUUCAUCGACGAGAAUGGGGUCAAGACACCGUGGACGGAUGCAGCGUGGUUCGCGCGUCCUUACGUCGAGGGCGAGAACGACGGUCGGGUGAAGUUGUCACCAAAGUGGCACCAGCUGAUUGGGAUCUUCAAGAUGCUGAAGAAUGCAUUCGAGGGACGUCCGCUAAUGUUGAUGGAUGAGGUUGGCCUUGGGAAGACGUUGCAGGUUAUAGGGGUUAUGGCGAUGCUGGCGCACUACCGUUCCUUCUACGCCAAACGCAACGAGUAUCCUGGGUGGUUUCGAGGCAAGACGUUUGCGGGGAACGCUGAGAUCCCCGACCUGGGACAUGUUCUGGUGGUGCCGUUCUCGUUGCGUGCGCAGGUAGAGAACGAGUGCCAACGGUACCUUAGGCGAGGGGCCUUCGAUAUCUUCAUCUACGACGGGACGUUGAAGGGGCGACCGGAGUUCUGGACGAAGUUUUGGGACUUCUCGAAGCUCCCUCAGAUUCGACGACUGGUCAUUGCGACGGCGACGGCUGUGAGUUCGGAUGGCCGAGAGCUGGGCUUCAGUGGGAAGCAGCCGAUGGGUCCGAUCAAUAUCGUUGGAGCGAAUCCGGCAGCGUUGAUCUUCACAAAGCGGUUCCUGGUUGGGGCGUGGGACGAGAUCCACCAGAACCGGAAUAUCAAGACGGCGUUCUUCGCGGCGAAGAAGCUGAGAGAGUGUUGCACGUUCUACGUUGGGAUGUCUGCGACUCCAGUGCAGACGAAGCCACAGGACCUGUGGCAUGUAGCGUUGAUCUUGGGUGUCCCAGGUUUCGACGGCGAAACGGAGUACAAGGACAUGGGACGAGAAGUGAAUCGCGCUGCUCGGAAGGAUCGACAGCAACGUCGACUGGCAGAGGCGUUAGAAGCGGUGAAGAAAUUCUCUCACGGAGAGGACGGGCAAGGUCAGUCGGAGCUGGCGCUGGUGAGUGGGAAGUGGAUCAUGGUGAUGCGGAAGCGGUUCGCGGGAAUGGUGGUUCGCCGGACGAUCCACUCUGAGGACAACAACAAGAAACCGAUUAUUGGCCUGCCUCCCUACGAGCAUCACAAGUUGCUGCUGGUGUUGCCUGCCGAUGAGAUGGAGAAGGUCGAGGCGAUCAUGGAAGGUGUGCAGAAGGAGGUCGAGAAUGGGAAGAGUCUUCGGGCGUACGGGGAG